AUAUUCCUGAAAUACCAGAAAGCAUCUCAUUCUGCAGAGCACUACAGGUAGCAGAUUUCAGUGGGAAUCCACUGACUAGGUUGCCUGAAAGCUUUCCUGAAUUACAGAAUCUAACGUGUCUUUCAGUAAAUGACAUCUCUCUACAAGCACUACCUGAAAACAUUGGGAAUCUUUAUAACCUGGCUUCACUGGAACUUAGAGAAAAUUUGCUGACAUAUUUACCUGAAUCACUUGCCCAGCUGCAGCGACUAGAAGAACUUGAUUUAGGAAACAAUGAACUUUAUCACUUGCCCGAAACAAUUGGUGCACUUUUCAAUCUUAAAGACCUCUGGUUGGAUGGAAACCAAUUAGCCGAAAUACCUCAGGAAGUAGGAAACCUGAAAAACCUGCUUUGUCUGGAUGUUUCUGAAAAUAAAUUGGAAUGCCUUCCUGAAGAAAUUAGUGGCCUGACUUCUUUAACAGACUUGCUUGUUUCUCAGAAUUUACUUCAGGUCUUACCUGAUGGCAUUGGAAAAUUGAGGAGGCUCUCCAUUCUGAAGGUGGAUCAGAACAAACUUAUUCAGCUAACAGAUUCAAUUGGAGACUGCGAAAGCCUUACUGAACUCGUUCUAACAGAAAACCAGUUGCAGUCAUUGCCCAAGAGCAUCGGAAAACUGAAGAAGCUGAACAAUUUGAAUGCUGAUAGAAACAAAUUAACAUCUUUACCCAAAGAGAUCGGGGGGUGCUGCAGUCUUAACGUCUUUUCUGUACGUGACAACAGAUUAUCUCGAAUUCCUUCUGAAAUUGCACAAGCCGCUGAACUUCAUGUCUUGGAUGUUGCUGGAAACAGGCUUACGUAUCUUCCCCUCUCACUGACUACCUUAAAGCUGAAGGCUUUGUGGUUGUCUGAUAACCAGUCCCAACCUUUGCUGACGUUUCAGACUGACACAGACCCUGAAACAGGAGAAAAGAUUUUAACAUGUGUAUUACUUCCUCAAAUGCCUUCUGAGCCUGGUUGCCAAGAUAACCUACCACGAUGUGGUGCACUGGAGAGUUUGGUAAAUGAAAUGUCAGAUGAAACAUGGAAUGAGCGGGCAGUGAACAGAGUCAGUGCAAUUCGCUUCUUGGAAGAUGAAAAAGAAGAAGAGGAUAAUGAAAUGAGAACACUUCUAAGGCGAGCCACUCCACACCCUGGAGAAUUAAAGAACAUGAAAAAGACAGUGGAGAAUUUACGGAAUGAUAUGAAUGCUGCUAAAGGACUGGAUUCAAACAAAAACGAGGUCAAUAAUGCCAUUGACAGAGUGACCACUUCUGUGUAGAGUUUCAUCUCCAGGUUUUACCUCCUGUGUCUUCCCCUGCUGUUGAAAUGUUCCUGUCGUCUUCUGGGACCUCACUGAGCCCCUUUUUUGUUUUUAACCAGAACCUGAUUCAUCGUCUCCAUAUAUGUGAAAAGUGCUGCCCACUGGAAGAAAGUGCCUUAUUUCAUCCAGGCAGUGAACCAAUAAUUUCCAAAUCAAUAUUGUAAUUUUAACAGUGCUACGCUUUUUUAAUUGUAAUACACUACUGUAUGCAGAAUACGAUAUUUUUGUCUUAAACACAGGGGAGAUAAUGUUUUUCUUUUCCAGAGUGCUGGGGUAUCUUUUUCCCCAGUGGCUGGAUGUGCUGGUGAGAAAUAUAGUUUUGUGGAAAAUUGAUACACUUUUUUAUUUUUUUGGCAGCUCAGAUGGUGUAAAUUUUAAAUUUUUGUAUAGGACUUUCAUAACAAGAUGAUGUAUUUCAUUUUUAAGAGAAAAUUUAUCUUGAGCGGUACAUAUUUUAGUAUUUGUGGAAGAGAACAAGUUUCACGGACAACUGUACUCAUUUGUUUGUACCACCCAUUGUGCCUUAUUGUCUCUUGUAUGUCAUAUUGCUCUUCAAUCUAGCAAUUCUCGAGGAAAGUGAGUAGAUUUAAACUUGGUCUCCUGUUUCAGAUACGUUUUUCUUUUCGGACACUAUUUGUCGGGAUUUUUACAGCACCGAACUUAACGUUUAUAUCAUGGGAUUUUAGGUCGUGAAGCACAAGCGUUAGUUUCGUUGUAAACAGAAUUAAAAUGACCAAACUGCUAUUGUUUAUUACAUAAUGCACUCACACUUUAACUUAGCUGUAAUGAGACAUCUUGGUUUGGAUGCCGUGUUGCGUUGCAGUCACUAGAAAUUCAUGCUUCCGUUGUUGGGGUUUGUUUUUUUAAUGUGCCAUCUGUAAAAUAACUUGAAAAACUGCACAAUAGACUUUCAGAAGCACAGUAUGAAACUAGUUUUAUGUAUUACACAAGAAAGCAUGAUUCUUUAAAGUGCUUUGGUGGUUUUAUAUAAAUAUAUAAAACCAUAAUAAAAACAAAUCUUUAAAAGCUUCA